UGCGUGAGAGAUAGUGCCUUUUGGAUGACUCGCUGCAAUUUACUCUAUCUAUGGUUUGUGGAACCGUAUAAUCCUGACCGUGUCAUGAGACAGUUCGGUCUAUAUCAAGAUAUUCCACCACCGGUUCCAAGAUGUAUCGACGAAGAAACUCAUAAGAUGAGCAAUAUGGGCAGAUCUGGUGUGGACUGGAAUGCAGAAAACAUUGAAUGGAUAAAUCAGUGGAAUAAUGAAGCUCUACAAAAUAUAGUGCCUCAGCAACGAACGUACGAUGCAACUACGACAGAAGCGUACUAUAAUUGGUAUCGCAUGAGCACGCGUACUAGACUGACGAGUGAACCACCUACGAUGCCAACACAUCCAACGCAUAUGGAACAGUUGCAGAGACGGAUGGACACAUCAUCAGCUUACUAUCGUGACUCCGCGAUUGAUAUUUGCACCCAAGUACAAGCGAUGGCGAGUGAAGGAAUGCGAGCCGAGGGAAUUGAUCCUAAACGCAGGUCAUGGUUUAAAAAAAUUAGCGAAUUUGUGAGCACAAGGAUUACGAGAUGCGGUACAUAG